AUGGCCGCAGCUACCUGCAGCACCAAGGCUGUGAACCUCUUCAAGCGGACCUUUGCUCUGAGCCCUGCUGUGGCUCCCCGGGGCGCAGGCCCGGGGUCCCCCCCGCGGGGUAACCACUUAGCCUGGCCUUGCAAGGACUGGCCGCGGGGAGAGGGCAUCUGUGUCCGGCUCUGGACCCCGAUCACGGCCAGACACUUGCCCUUGUCCCAUUCCUGCACCUCGACUUCUCCCACCUCUGUGUGUCUUCUCUGCCCACAGGACUCGCUGAGCAGCAGCUUGAAAACUUGCUAUAAGUAUCUGAACCAGACCAGUCGCAGUUUUGCAGUUGUUAUCCAGGGGCUGGAUGAGGAAAUGCGCCAUGCUAUCUGCAUAUUUUAUUUGAUUCUCAGAGCUCUGGACACUGUUGAAGAUGACAUGACCAUCAGUUUAGAAAGAAAGGUUCCAAUGUUACAUAACUUUCACUCUUACCUUUAUGAUCCAGACUGGUGCUUCAUGGAGAGCAAGGAGAAGGAUCGACAAGUGCUAAUGGAUUUUCCAACGAUCUCCCUUGAAUUUAGAAAUCUGGCUGAGAAAUAUCAAACGGUGAUUGUUGACAUUUGCCGGAAGAUGGGAUAUGGAAUGGCAGAGUUUUUAGAGAAGCACGUGACUACUGAACAGGAGUGGGAUAAGUACUGCCACUAUGUUGCUGGCCUGGUGGGAAUUGGGCUUUCCCGUUUGUUCUCGGCUUCAGAGCUAGAAGACCCCAUAGUUGGUGAAGAUACAAAGCUCUCCAACUCUAUGGGCCUGUUUCUGCAGAAAACAAACAUCAUACGUGAUUAUCUGGAAGACCAGAAAGAAGGAAGAGAGUUUUGGCCUCAAGAGGUUUGGAGCAGAUAUGUUAAGAAGUUGGGUGAUUUCUCUAAACCAGAGAACAUUGACAUAGCUGUCCAGUGCCUGAAUGAACUUAUAACUAAUGCAUUGCAGCACCUACCAGAUGUCAUUACCUACCUUUCAAGACUCAGAAACCAAAGUAUCUUUAAGUUCUGUGCUAUUCCACAGGUAAUGGCCAUUGCUACUUUGGCUGCCUGUUAUAAUAAUCAGCAGGUAUUCAAAGGUGUUGUGAAGAUUCGAAAAGGACAAGCAGUAAAACUAAUGAUGGAUGUCACCAAUAUGCCAGUUACCAAAACUCUGAUUCACCAGUAUGUGGAGGAGAUUUAUAAUCGGAUCCCCAACUCAGACCCAUCUUCUAACAAAACAAAGCAACUCAUCUCUACUGUCAAGACGCAGAAUCUUCCCAACUGUCAGCUGGUCUCCCGAAGCCACUACUCUCCUAUUUACCUGUCGUUUGUCAUGCUCUUGGCUGCACUGAGUUGGCAGUAUCUGAGCACCCUAUCCCAGGUCACAGAAGACUAUGUUCAGAAAGGAGAACAUUGAUUUGGAAUUGUCUGGAAGCUCAAGUUCAUCAUGAAGCGGAUUUAUCUUUUCUUCAAGGAUGGCUAUUGACUUCUUUUUUUUUGCCCAUCCUAUUUUAAAUCCCUAAAAGA